AUGUCUUAUUUAAUUAUUUUGUUUUUAUUUGGGUUAAUUGUGGGCCUGGCAGCAGUUGGUUCCAACCCAUCGCCGUUUUUUGCAGCCCUAGGGCUGGUUAUGGUGGCGGGGAUUGGGUGUGGUAUUUUGGUAGGAUGGGGUGGGAGCUUUUUGUCUUUAAUUCUUUUCCUUAUUUAUCUAGGAGGAAUGUUGGUUGUAUUUGCUUAUUCGGCUGCUUUGGCGGCCGAGCCGUAUCCGGAGUCUUGAAUAAGCUGGCCGGUGCUCGCGACAAUGGUUUGUUACCUGGUGGGGGUGGGGGUGGUGGGAGUGUUGGUAGUGGAUUGAGGGGGCGGGGCGAGCGUUGAACCUGUGGUUGGAGGGUUGGAGUUAGGGGUGCUGCGGGGGGACAUUAGUGGGGUGGCACUUAUAUAUUCUAUGGGUGGUGGUAUGUUAGUGGGCGGGGCGUGAGUGCUCCUGCUGACAUUGUUUGUAGUGUUAGAGCUAACUCGGGGGGCCAGUCGAGGGGCGUUGCGUUAUGUCUAG